GCGGACUGGGCCGGUGGGCAGGUGGGCAAAUGCCCACUGGGCCGCUCUGUGUAUUUAUUGUAUAUUUUUUGUUAUUGGAUUAUUUGGAUAUUAUGUAAGUGGUGAAAGAUAAAAACAGCACGCUUAUAAUUUAAACUAAAUAUACCUUACUUAUAAUACGGUAUUUAUAGUAACAGAUUACAGAAAAGUUACUGGACAAGAACAUUAGGUUUAUAUACGAUAGAGUAUAGUCGUAUAGACAAUAGUAAAUGUAUUUUUACAAAUCGAUAAAUUUUGUAGAUAUCAGUAUAUCACUUAUUUUAAUUUAGAUAAUGCGGGCCUUUACUUCAUUCGAUGGCCUCCGUCGCCUCCGACAGUUUGUAAAUAAACCGUAAUGACCAGCUCGUGGUAAUACGUAGCUGUUCAUGUUGUCUAUUAUAAAAAUAAAAAUCACGGGUUUUCCCUAAAAGACAGUCAGCAACACCGCUAAUGUAAAAUAAAUAAUUUAUCGGCCUAUAGACUAAGACUUAGUAAAUUACCUUGUGUAGUUGAAACUCAGCAGUCAGCUGAGUAGGUAGUUCUGUGCUGUGUGCCUGUGUAGUGUACUAGUGUGUGUAGUUAUUUUUAUGACAGUAAUUAUUAGUUUUGAAAAUCAUAGUUUUAAAACAUAAAUCUAUUCAUUUUUGACAAUGAAUACAAACAAAAAAAAAGUUAAGGGAGGAGCGGAGAAACUUCGACUCAAAAGAAAUGCUGAGUUAAAGGCAUCAGCUAGCCACCCGAAUCAAAAAAAAUUAUGCUUUGUGUCAAAAAGUAUUACCUCUACUACUUCGUUAAAUUUGUUGUCUAAUGAACAUGAGAAUGAAUGUGAUAUUAUUGAAGUCCAAACAAAUGUAGAUUCUGUCCAUGGUGCUGCUCCCAUGAUGAUUGAAGAAAAUUUGCCUAGUGAAGUUGGAGAUCAGAUUAAUACUAGCCUUACAAAUACUAAUAGCCCACUUUCAAUUGAGGAAAAAGUGUUUGAUGAUGUUCAUAUUAAACACAAACAAGAUGUGACUGUGAAUUUGAACUUAGUUCCUUCUGUCAUUGAGACUGAGGAAAAUUUGCCUAGUGAAGUUGGAGAUCAGAUUAAUACUAGCCUUACAAAUACUAAUAGUCCACUUUCAAUUGAGGAAAAAGUGUUUGAUGAUGUUCAUAUUAAACACAAACAAGAUGUGACUGUGAAUUUGAACUUAGUUCCUUCUGUCAUUGAGACUGAGGAGAAAAGAACAGAAGAUAACAUUUUUUUAUUUCGAUUACCUACUUCAGCAACUUUGUUCGAAAAAUUGGAAUUUUUAAAAAAACAUCCUAUUCAACCAAAAUACACCCACAUAAAAUUUGAUAUGAUGAAAAUAUAUUAUAGAGAAGUUUCAGACAAAAAAAUUCACAGAAAUUGGCUCUCUUUUUAUGUUAACAAUGGCAUUUUAAAAUCAAUGUAUUGUUCAGUAUGCAUUGCAUUUGGUACCAAAACUAAUAAUUUUUCAUCUGAGUCAGGAUGUACAAAUUUUCGACAUAUUUAUUCAGUCAUUACAAGUCAUGAGGAAUCCUCUAUUCAUUCUACGUCAGUAGAAAUUUUUUUCCGUGCAUCAAAAGAAAUGUCGUUAGAAUACUUAAUUAACCGAGAUAUGACAAAUUUAAGGAAUGAAGUUGUUGAAAAGAAUAUUCAUGUCCUAAAGGUUGUUUUUGAUAUAGUUAAAUUUCUUGGGCAACAAAAUUUAUCUUAUAGAGGAUCAGCUCAAGGGGAAACAUUGGCAAAUAUUGACGAUUUAAGCCUAAAUAGUGGAAAUUUCCUUGAGAUGGUUCGUUUAAUUGCUAAGAGAGAUGUUAUCUUAAACGAUCAUUUAACUAGAUCUAUCAAAAAAAGCAAGCAAAGGAUAGAUAAAUUGAAGGCUAAUAAUAAAGAAUCUUCAAAGGGAAGAGGCUCUUUA